AUGGGUGUACCAUUUUUCACCACAUAUGUUGAUGGAUACUUAAACAUCUAUGUUCCAAUUGAGUUAACAGGUAAAAAUAUUAUUAUAGAUGGUACUUCUCUGUGCUACGAAAUGUGUCGUCAAAUUAAUGGAGGAAAAAACACUGCUCAUCGUUCUAUAGAUUAUAAUGAAUAUAAGCGAGAAUACUUUCGUCCAUUAUUUCAUUUAUUGAAAGAAAAAUGUAAAAGCAUUGUCGUUGUAUUUGAUGGGAUAGUGACAAAGAAGCGUGAUUACUUAAGAAAAAUAGAUUAUCAAAUCAGAACAGAGAAUAAUAAACCACCAAUCUUAUUAAUUAAUGUGAUAAAGUCUGUGUUGAAUGAACUAAAUAUACGUUAUCAAGUCGCCAUCGGCGAAGGUGACGAAACAUGUGUAGUUUUAGCCAAUAAAGAGGAUGCUUUUAUUUUGGCAUCCGAUAGUGACUAUUAUUUCCACAAUCUAAAGAAAGGUUAUAUACCAUUCAAACAUUUAGACACAGGAUCAUUAAAGGGUAAAGUCUAUCAUGCAUUCAAAUUAUCGAAAAAUAUACACAACUUAGCACUAUUAGCCGUUCUUCAAGGUUACAACUUCCUAGAUCAUGAAACAAUACAAUGUCAUAUUAAAUGUCCAGGUAAUUUAGAAAAGGAAAAUAAAUUCAAUCAAUGGCUUGAGCAGAACUGUUUUGAUGAAACGGCUUGUUCACAUUUAAAAUUUAUAUUUUGUGUGUUACAAUGGUUAGAAUUCACUGGUAAUAUCCAAAUUGAUACCUCAAGAUUUUACCAAUUAAUUAGUAAAAAGAGAAUACGUGCAGAAUUUCAAGCAACAAUGCAAAUUUAUUUAAAUCCUACGACUGGUCAUGAUGGUUUGCUCACAAAAUGUGAUAACAGAAUAUCGAAGAAAGCAGUAAAAUUAGUAUCAUCUGGUAAACUUGAUCCAAUUGUUAUUGAUAUACUUGUUAAUCGGCGUUUUUUUAUAUCAAAUCAAAAUCACAUUGAAGUAUUGUUACCCAUAUUUGGUAUUCUUGUGGAAUGGGAUUUGAAAAAAGCGAAUACUGUUGAUCGGGAUUAUAAUGUAAUUAGUAAGAAUUUAACAUUAAAAUAUAAUCUAUUUGACAAGUUAAAAGAAUAUAGUUCAAAUAUACCGAAGUUAAAAGAUGCUGAACGUAUGAAAAAUUUAAAAUCUCAUGUUUUUCGAUGUUUAACUUAUACAAUAAAAUUUCAAGAUAAAUCUAAAAAAAGAAAAUUAUACAAUCAACAUCAUCACAUACAUAAAGAUUAUCGUUUAUGGUUAUUAAUGAUAUACCACUGGUAUAAAACAACAACAAUCUCAUAUCCAUUCGUUUAUCUAUGUGCAUUUAUUAUUUCAUUUCUGAAAUUAAAUUUUCUUGAUACAUAUGACUACAAUCAUAACAGCAUUUUAGAUAAUGACAACCUAUCGUCGUCUUUUCUUCGACAUUCAGUUCAAUUGCUAAAAACGUCUCUGUCACACUCUGAGUGCCGACAUAUUAGACAGAAAAUUCCAAGCGACAAUCAUGUUCCUAAAGAUUCUGAAAUAAUAAUUGAAGUUCAAAAUGUAGAACAACUAUAUCAAAAUACAAUAAUUCUCAAUGAAUUUUUCAAGCAACCAUACACGGUUUUGCCACCACAAGCGGUUUUUUCUAUUGAUUUAAUCUAUGCAUUUGUUGAAAAAUUUAAAAAUGAAAACAAAAUCCAAACGACGAAAAAGAAAAUCUUCAAAAUGUUUUCUCAAAAAGAAGUACUAUGUCGCCUGUUUGAUGAAAUUUACUCUUUUAUUGCUAAUUAA